AUGCUUGUCCAGGUCGUUCUAUUGGGCGCUUUUGCCUGGGCACUAUGGCAGAUCAUCCGACCAUUCAUUGUGAAGUCGGCUUGGGACGUUGUUCCAGGACCUCCACCGAAAUCAUUUGUCUCCGGCAAUCUCGAGCAGCUCUUCGACAGAGAUGCAUGGGGUUUCCACGACGAAGUCGCACAGAACUAUGGACCCGUCGUGAAGAUCAACGCUGUGCUGGGUGGCAAAUGGCUCUACGUCUUCGAUCCUACGGCGCUGCGCAGCAUCGUCUUGAAGGAGAAGGGAACGUUUGAUCAGAUUCCAUGGUUGAUCCAGAGUACUCGCCUAUUACUUGGGCCAGGCAUCCUUGGUGUGUUGGGCGAGGCACACCGCCGUCAGCGCAAAAUGCUGACGCCGGUCUUUUCCGAUGCCAACCUUCGAGUGUUAACACCCGUCUUCUAUGAUGUGGCUCAUCGGCUCGUACAAGGUAUCUCGAGGACUGUGCUUGACUCCCCUCGCAGUGUGGAUAUGUUGGACUGGAUGGGACGCGCUGCUCUGGAAAUUAUCGGGAAAGCAGGCAUGGGACACUCGUUCGACCCCCUCACAUCAGACGGCUCUUCGGAUCCGUAUACCAAGGCGGCAAAGACACCCCUGUCAUUCACGCCUGCCAUGGUAGCCAUGAGGCAAGCGAGCCCCAUCUUGACUAGCAUGGGCCCUGCACGGCUGCGCCGUUGGAUCGUUGAUCUUCUCCCCAUCCCCCAAGUGCAGCAGCUCAAGGACGUGGUCGAUGUUCUGCAUGAUACUUCCCUUCGCAUCAUCGACGAGAAAAAAGCUGCACUUCAGCGAGGUGAUACAGCUCAGGGGAAAGAUAUCAUAGGCAUCCUACUGAAGGCGAAUAUGGCGGCUGCAGCGGAAGAGAGGCUACCGGACGAGCAAAUCAUUGGCCAGAUGUCCAUUUUACUCUUCGCAGCAACGGACACCACCUCUCACCUGAUGGCGCAGGUACUACAGCUUCUUGCAGAACACCCUGACGUCCAACAAAAGGUCCGCGCGGAGAUCUUCGUAUCUGGUGAUGGACAAGACGUGGCGUACGACCAGUUGCAAGCACUCCCUUACCUGGAUGCUGUCUGCAAGGAAACAUUGCGACUGUAUCCCCCGACCCCGAUUGUGCUGCGCGAGGCAUGCCAGGACUCGACCCUGACUCUGUCAGAGCCCAUGCGCGGUGCCGACGGUUCAACGAUCGAAAACGUCUUCGUUCCCAAAGGUAGCAAUGUUCUUAUCGGAGUCAGAGCUUGCAAUCGUAACAAAGCGCUCUGGGGCGACGACGCCGAGGAGUGGAAACCGGAGCGCUGGUUGAAGCCCUUACCCAAGGCUGUAGAAGCUGCCAGCAUUCCAGGAGUUUACUCGCACCUAAUGACUUUCGUGGGCGGGGCGAGGUCGUGCAUAGGAUUCAAGUUUGCACAGAUCGAGAUGAAGGUCAUUUUAUCCACGCUCCUCGCCAACUUCACCUUCGAACUCUCCGAGAAGCCGAUCUUCUGGAAUGUGUCGGCCAUCACGUUCCCGAGUGUCGGCAAAGAGAGCGAGAAGCCUGAGAUGUGGCUGAAAGUCGGGAGGUAUCAACGCAACGACCUUGAGUGA